AUGGUGCACAAAGCCCAGUUCACCUGGGACCCUGAGACGGUUGGAAUGAUUCACGGCUCCUUCUUCUGGGGCUACAUUGUCACCCAGAUCCCUGGGGGGUUCAUCGCCCAGAAAUUCGCUGCUAAUAGGGUGUUUGGCUUCGCCAUCGUGGCCACCUCGACCCUGAACAUGCUGAUCCCUUCCGCUGCCCGCGUGCACUACGGCUGCGUCAUCUUCGUCCGCAUCCUGCAGGGGCUGGUGGAGGGGGUGACGUACCCGGCCUGCCACGGGAUCUGGAGCAAGUGGGCCCCACCUAUGGAGCGCAGCCGCCUCGCCACCACGGCCUUCUGUGGCUCCUACGCUGGCGCCGUGGUGGCCAUGCCGCUGGCUGGGGCCGUGGUGGCCAUGCCGCUGGCUGGCGUCCUGGUCCAGUAUUCGGGGUGGAGUUCUGUCUUCUAUGUGUACGGCAGCUUCGGGAUCUUCUGGUAUAUGUUCUGGCUGAUGGUUUCCUAUGAGAGCCCGGCCAAGCACCCCACCAUCACGGAGGAGGAGCGCCGGUACAUCGAGGAGAGCAUCGGCGAGAGCGCCAGCCUCAUGAACCCCCUGAUGAAAUUCCGGGCCCCCUGGCGGAAGUUCUUCACCUCCAUGCCUGUCUACGCCAUCAUCGUGGCCAACUUCUGCCGCAGCUGGACCUUCUACCUGCUGCUCAUCAGCCAGCCGGCCUACUUCGAGGAGGUCUUCGGCUUCGAGAUCAGCAAGACCCGGGAGGAGUGGCAGUACGUCUUCCUCAUCGCCUCGCUGGUGCACUACGGGGGCGUCCUGUUCUACGGGAUCUUCGCCUCGGGCGAGAAGCAGCCCUGGGCCGAGCCGGAGGAGACCAGCCUGGAGAAAUGCGGCUUCAUCCACGAGGAUGAGCUGGCCGACGAGGAGGACGAGGCCGCCCGGGGGGCCGGCGACGGGGGAGGGGGCGGCUACGGGGCCACCAAAAGCACCAGCUUUGCCAAUGGGGGCUGGGUGGCCGACUGGGACAAGAAGGAGGAGUUUGUGCAGGAGCCCGGCAAGGACACCUACAUGUACGGGGCGCCGGGGGACAGGGACCUGUCCUAAGGGGCCUCCCCCCGGGCACCUUUGCAUUGGUACAGUCCAGGGGGGUGGGGCUGAACUUCACCCCACCCCCAGUGUCCCUCCCCCACUGCAUUGGUACAGUCCAGAGGGGUGUGACCACAGUUGGACACCCCCCCUUUUAUGUUGGUAUAGUCCAGAGAGAUGGGGCUGAGGUUGCCCAUGCCCCCAUCCCCUCGCUGCAUUGGUACAAUCCAGCAAGGUGAGAGGAUGGGGCUGAGCUAAGCCAUACAUAUCCCCCCUCCCCCAGUGCCAUUUCUUUGGUACAGUCCAGCUGGGUGACGGGGUGGGAUAUGUCUUGGCCAUAGCCACCCUGUGGAGGCCCUUCCCAAAUCCCCUACUGCAUUGGUAGGAUCCAGAGGGUUGAGCCUGAAUUAGGCCACACCCCUGUGCAAUAGACCACAGCCCCUUUCAUUCAUUGGUGGGAUCCAGGAGGGCAAAGGGGUGGAGCUGAGUCAGGCCACACCCCCAAGGGUUCUGCUCCAUUGGUACAAUCCGAGGGGGUGGAGCUGAUACCAAGGUGGCCCCACCCCUCCAAAAGCCACGCCCAACACUCUACCCCUCUGAAAACCACCACUUGGUAUGGUGCUGAGCUUAGUGACCACCCCCCCGGGCCACUGGCACUAGUAUGGCCCAUUGGGGAGGGGGGGGCAUAGGAGUUAGACCUUUGACCCAGAGGUUGGAAGGUUUUGACCUUUAAUCCUCAGAUUCUGUGGGGGUGACGGGGCACUACCUGACCUUGACUCUGGAAGACCUUUGACCUCAAGCCAGCUGUUGUUUGACCUUUGACCUUAGGACUCAAUCUUGGGCACAAAUUGACCUUGAGGUUGUCAGUGCUUGACCUUUGCCCUUGAACUUCCCUCAUGCCACAUCCCUCCCCACCCAUCAGGCCUGUGGGGCAGCACUAGUUCCAGUGGGUGGAGGGAUGAAGGGAUGUUCCAAGCCCUGAGCCCAAAGUUCAAAAAACUACAUGGCAAAUGAUGGUUUCAAAACACCCCAAGUGUUCCAAUUGGCGGUUUCAAGAUUCUCCGAGCUGCCCACCCUGGUGGCUCCCGGAUACCCUGCACUUUACGGCCAGCGCGCCUCUCAGGAGGUGGUUUCCAUGUGGCCCUGCACAUCCGCGAUGAUGGUUUCAAGCUGCUCCAUGCAUUCGGGCUGGUAGGUUCGACGCCUCACACGCUGUAGGUGACGGGUCUGAGACACUCCACAUGCUCUAGCUGACAGUUUCAAGUUACCCUGCACUUUUUAAAUGAUGGUUUCGAGUUACCCCACACAGCUUUAGCCAGCAGUUUCAAAGUGCCCUGUACAUCCUAGCAGGCAUCCAGUCAGGCUGCUCAAUCCUAUUCUAGCUGGUAGUUUCAGGGAACCCUGCACCAUGCAACUGCUGGUGUCAAGCUGCCCCGAAUGUUCUAGCUUGCUGGGUCACAGCUGCUGCAUUUCACUUCUCCUGGGUGCAGUAUUUUCCAACUGCCUUCAAUACUUCAGCGGGCAGCUUCCAGUCACCCCACCUGCUCAAGCCAGUGGUUUCAAGUCACUCCAACCUCACCAGCUGGCAGUUUCAAGUCACCCCUUGCUAGCCAACCAACAGUUCCAAAUCAGAUCACCCCAUCCAGCUGGCAGUUUCAAGUCAUCCAGGACAUGCUCAGCCCAGGGCUUCUACCCAGUCUGCACCCUCUAGUUGGUGGCUUCAUGCCUCCCCACAGCCAACCCUUUCUAUGUGACAGUUUCAAGUCCCCCCUUGCAUUUUCUCAAGCCAUGUAGACACCCCCACCAUUGGUUCGGCCCUGGCACCACCCAGUUCCUCCCAGUUAGGGGCAGGCACUGAUGGUGUGAGACAAGGGAUACCCGGAAAGGUGGGGGGAAGCCGAGCCUCUGUCCCCGUCCGCACCCUACAGCUCCGGCGUUGGAUGGUCUGUCAGGCGUUGACUCUGUACGUGUCUCCCCUGCUGGAAGAGCCCGAUUCUUGUGUAAAUAUAUAAAUAUAAAACAUCCA